AUGGCGGCUGCCGCUGCGUCCGCUGCUGCGCUCGAUCCGAGCAACAGCACAAAAAACACUCUGAAGCUUGAAAACGUGAUUAUCUCCCUUACCCCUCCCCCUCCAUCGGGCCGACUUGUUCCAAAAUUCUCGGAUUCGACUGAGAAACGUGACUCUCUGAUCGCGAUUGAAAAGAAGUAUCAAGCACAAUGGAAGGAGAACAGAGUCUUCGAAGCCGACGCCCCGUCAUUCGAGGAAGUCCCUCAAGGCUCUAUGACCGCUUCUGAGCUGCGUGAGAAGCACCCCAAGUUCUUCGGCACAAUGGCGUAUCCCUACAUGAACGGUACUCUGCAUGCGGGACACAGUUUCACCGCCAGUAAGGUUGAGUUCAUGACUGGUGUUGCUAGAAUGGAGGGCAAGCGUGCGCUGUUCCCGCUCGGAUUCCACUGUACCGGUAUGCCCAUUAAAGCUUGUGCCGAUAAGCUGCGCGAUGAAGUGAAAAUGUUCGGUCAGAACUUUGAAGGGUACAAGGAGGAGGACGAGGCGAGCGCCCCCGCUGCGCCUACUCAAGAGUCUAAGCCCGAGGCCAAGGCCCAGGCCGAGAAGUUCUCUGGCAAGAAGAGCAAGGCUGCCGCUAAGACUGUCAAGAUGAAAUAUCAAUUCCAGAUCAUGUUGGCCAUUGGUGUUCCGCUUGAAGACAUCCACAAGUUUGCCGACGCCAACCACUGGCUGCACCACUUUCCCCCGCUCGCUAUUCGCGAUUUGGACAGCAUGGGUGCCCGUGUCGACUGGCGACGACAGUUUGUCACAACCGACGCCAACCCCUACUAUGAUGCCUUUGUCCGCUGGCAGAUGAACCGUCUUCAUGAGCUUGGAAAGAUCAUGUACGGAAGCCGUUACACCAUUUACUCCCCUAAGGAUGGCCAGCCCUGCAUGGACCACGACCGCACGGAGGGUGAAGGAAUUGGUCCCCAGGAAUAUACUGCCCUGAAGCUGCAGGUCAAGGAGUGGGCCCCUGAGAUUUCUCAGAUCGUCAAGGGCAAGAUCGAAGACGACGCCAAGGUUUUCUUCGUUCCUGCCACUCUCCGUCCGGAGACCAUGUACGGUCAGACCAACUGUUUCGUUGGCCCCAAGAUCAACUACGGUCUUUUCAAGCUGAAGGAGAAGGAGUAUGUGAUUGUCACCAAGCGUGCCGCUUGGAACAUGGCGUUCCAGGGACACUUCUUCCAGGAUGGCUACUUCCCCAAGUCUCAGGAUGAGCUACCUCUGGUUCUUGAGGCUCCUGGAUCUGCCUUUGUUGGUACUCUUAUUAAUGCUCCCUUGUCUUUCCAUAAGGACGGUGUCUAUAUUCUGCCUAUGGAGAGUGUCUCUGCUUCCAAGGGUACUGGUGUCGUCACGUCCGUUCCCUCUGACAGCCCCGACGAUUACGCCACCCUGAUGGACUUGAUCAAGAAGGCCGAUUACUAUGGCAUCAAGAAAGAGUGGGCUGAGAAGGAGAUUUUCCCUCUGAUCGAAACCCCUACUUACGGCAAUCUGACUGCUCCCGCUUUGAUCAAGCAGCUCAAGAUUAACUCACCCAAGGACGUCACCCAGCUUGCCGAAGCCAAGGAUCUGGCCUACACCGAGGGCUUCUACAAGGGUACCAUGAUCGUUGGCGAAUUCAAGGGCGAACCUGUCAGUGUUGCUAAGGACAAGGUCCGUCAGUCGCUGUACCAGAGUGGAGAUGCUUUCCCCUUUGCCGACCCUAUGGGCAAGGUCGUUUCUCGCUCUGGGGACGAAUGUGUGGUCGCUUACCUUGGCCAAUGGUUCCUCAACUAUGGUGAGAACGAUGCGGAAUGGCAAAAGGAGACUCUGGAUCAUGUUGUCAACAAGCUCAACGCCUAUGCCCCUGAGACCAAGAACGGAUUCGAGAAGAACCUGUCUUGGCUGAACCGUUGGGCCUGCGCCCGCACUUACGGUUUGGGCUCCAAGCUGCCCUGGGACACUCAGUUCCUGGUCGAGUCCCUCAGUGACAGUACCGUCUACAUGGCCUAUUAUACUAUCGCUCACCUUCUGCACGGCGACCGGUAUGGUAAGACCACUGGUCCCUUGAACAUCACUGCCGACCAGAUGACCGACGAGGUCUGGGACUAUGUCUUCACCCGCCGCGAGCUCAGCGACGAGCUGAUCUCCAAGUCUGGCAUUAGCAAGGAUGCGCUGCUCAAGAUGCGCCGUGAGUUUGAGUAUUGGUAUCCCUUGGAUGUCCGUGUCUCAGGCAAGGAUCUGAUUCAAAACCACCUUACCUUCUUCCUCUACAUUCACAUUGCGCUCUUCCCACCCGAGUACUGGCCUCGUGGUGUUCGCGCCAACGGUCACCUGCUGCUCAACGGUGAGAAGAUGAGUAAGAGUACCGGUAACUUCCUCACCUUGAAGGAUGCGGUCGAUAAGUUCGGUGCCGACGCAACCCGAAUUGCCUUUGCCGACGCCGGUGACGGUAUUGAGGACGCCAACUUUGAGGAGGCUGUCGCCAACAGUAACAUCCUGCGCCUCUUCACUCUGAAGGAGUGGAUCGAGGAGGUUGUCAAGGACUCAUCCCUGCGCACUGGUGCUGCCGAUGCCUACUGUGACGAGUUGUUCGACAACGAGCUCAACAGCCUUGUCCGUGAGGCUCAGAAGCACUACCAAGAUACAAACUUCAAGCUCGCGCUGAAGUCUGGUCUGUAUGACUUCACCGCAGCUCGCGACACCUACCGCGAGGCCGCCACUGCUGCGGGCUGCGGUAUGCACCGCGAUACCAUCUUGCGUUACAUUGAGCUCCAGGCUUUGAUGCUGGCCCCCAUCGCUCCUCACUGGGCUGAGUAUGUGUGGUUGGAGGUUCUGAAGAAGCCCGAGUCCAUUCACUUCGCCAGAUUCCCCACGGUUCCCGAGCCCAAGUUGGAGCUCACUGCUGCCCAGAACUAUGUCCGCAGCACCGCUUCUAACAUUCUUUCCUCUGAGGCUCAAUUCACCAAGCGUCUGUCCAAGGGCAAGGCGUCCAACUUUGACCCCCGAAAGCCCAAGAAGCUUACUAUCUACUGUGCCGAAAAUUUCCCUGCCUGGCAGGACAAAUACAUUGACCUUGUGCGGGAGGCCUUUGACUCCAUGACAGUCUCCAUUAACGAUAAGGAGCUCAACGCCAAGGUCGGUAAGCUGGGUGAGAUGAAGAAGGCCAUGCCCUUCGUCCAGACCCUGAAGCGCCGCCUCAUCAAUAGCCGCGAGGACCCUGACCUUGUCUUCGGCCGCAAACUGCCUUUCGACGAGCUCAAGUAUCUGACCGCCAUGAUUCCUGGUCUGCAGCGAACUUCCGGGUACAAGGUGGUCGAGGUGAUCAAGGUUCACGAAGGUGGUAAGUCUGGCGAGGUCGUGGGCACCGGCGAGACACGCGAGGGUCUCAGCGCCGAGCACGCUGUGCCUGGUCAGCCCGCCUUCAUGUUCUCUAACGUCGAUUAA